AUGGCAGACGGUCCAAGGCAUCGACGCGAGCUGGGCAUGCUGGUUGUCGUCGUCCUCAAGGCGCAGCAUCUCGCCGACCCCCACCGCUUCUCGAAGCAGGACCCGCUUGUCGAACUCGAGUAUGACUCACGCAGGGAGCGCACGCAGGUCGACAAGGGUGGAGGACAGACGCCCCUCUGGGACGAAGAGUUCCGCUUUCGCAUCUUCGAGGCUGAGGGUGAACAGCAGUACUUGCACGUGCGGGUCAUGCGGGAGGAGCGAAAGGACGAGGUCGAGCUGAUUGGCGAAGCAAAAAUACUCGUCGACGGAAGCUGGCGGGAAUUCGACGAAUGGGUACAAGUCAAGGAAGGAGGGAAGUACCGCGGCGAAGUCUACCUCGAGGCGACUUUCUACCCUGCCAUCCAGCAGCCCGUCACAAAUCUACAGCGCCGUCCUUCGAAACUCGAUCCGUCCAGUCGCCUCUCGCGCAUUCCCGCCGUUCUUCCACCUUCCCUUCAACCCGGCAUGCCCAUGCUCGCUCAUCGCCUGAGCGCUACGAGUCUGAGGGAAGUAGACGAAACGGCGCCUCCAGUACCGCAGAAGCACGGAGCGUCAGAACCGGGCGAGACAGGCGACGGUUUGCUUCCUCUGCCUGGCGAGCCCGACUCUCCCGAACUUCCACCAACGCUCCGGCCGUCGCAGGCCCCUACGACUGCCUCGAGUCCAGCAUUGGUCGGAUUGGCUGGCAUCGCGCGCGUCCAUGAGCAGCACCAGGUUCCCGCUCGACUUCCGACACCCGGGACGCAGGAAUACCUUCCUCAUCCUCAUCCUCCUUCACCUUCCCCUCAUCCCGCCGUCACUGGAUUUCACUACUCGCCUACGCAUGUGACCAUGCCGGAUUCCUACGCUGCUCCCGCCGCACUCUAUUCCUCGCCUUCGCCAGCACCUUACUCCGUGACGCCUCAACCUUACGCUAAUCACUCGUCCGCGCCACCGCCAGCACAUUACUCGCCCUCAAACCAGAUAGCUGCACCCUACGAGCACUAUCCAGCUCCAGCUACGCCUUCACAUCCCCCAGCUAUCGCUCAGCAGUAUCAGCCUUCACCUCAUCUUGUCGUCUCGGCUCCACCAGUACCUCAUCCUGGCCUUUCCGCAGAACCUUCUUCCCUCUCACCUCCUCCUGUCCCGCCGCGCCCAUCCAGCACCUCGCCGUCACCCGCACCAUCGCAACUGUCGCCUCCCCCGGCCGCACCCAAACCGAGACGCUCUCCGCCACCUCCGCCGCCACCGCACUCUCCAUCUGCUCACUCAUCCGGUAGACCAUCCAUCGGUACCUCGCCGUCCCCACCACCUCGACCGGCUACUUCUCGACCUCUCCCGCCAAACCCUGCCGGCAACGAUCGACCUUCCCUCUCUCCUCCAGUCGACACGAAGGCGCGCGAAGCCUCGUCGUCUUCUGAGCCCUACCGCGCUCCGCCUCCAGCGUACUCGCCGAGCGAAAGUCAGGCGUCGCCGAGUCUUGCGGACGCCGCAUCUCGACAGAGCUCGCUCGAGGCGCAGCGUCAGGCAGAGGCGCAGAAGGCAGAAGAGGCAGCACGAGCGCGAGAGGAAGCUGAGCGACGCAGGCAGCAGCGUGAAGAGGAGGAACUGCGGAAGCAGCGGGAGAAGGAGGAGCGUGCGGCGCAGAUUGAGCGCGAACGGAUCAAGCGUGUCGAGGCUGCGCAGCGAGCUCUCGCCGAGAAGCAGCGACAGGAGCAGGAAGAUGCACGCAUGGCGGCGCAGUUAGCGGCCGAAGCUGAGGAAGCUGAGCGACGGAAGGAGGAGGAGCAGCGCGCGGCGGACGAGGCGGUUCGGCGAUUGAUGGAGGAGGAGCGCGCCGAGGAGGAGCGUCGUCGGCGCGAAAGGGAAGCGGCAGACGAGGCGUUCAUCCGCGAGCUGCGCGAGGAGGAGGCGAGACGGGAGGCGGAGGAACGGAGAGCGCGGGAGGAUGCGGACGCCGCAAUGGCUCAGCGCUUGCGCGAGGAGGAGGAGCAAGAACGUCAGCGUCGACUCGUCGAGGACGAGCGGAUUGCGAGGAGCCUUGCGGAGCAGGACGGCGCAGGUCGAUGA